AUGGCUAAUGCGUAUCCUGGGUAUCCUGCGUAUCCUUCGUAUUCACCAGUAGUUCCAAAUAGUCAGCCAGUAACUGUUUAUCGAUAUCAAAUUCGAGAAAAAAUCUUUUCACUUGGUGAUAAUUUUAAAAUUAAAGAUGAAUUAGGUCGAGAUGUAUUUACUGUUCGAUCCAAAAUUUUUUCAUUUGGCAACAAACUUAUUCUUGAAGACAUGGCUGGAAACGGCUUACUUAAAAUUCAUCAAGAAAUAUUUCAUCUUCAUCCUACAUACAAUAUAUUAUCAGCUCGUGAUGGUGAUUCAGAUCGACCAUUAGCAAAUAUUAAAAAGAAAUUUUCAUUUCUUCAUCAAAAAUUUGAUAUCCAAUCUGCCUAUGGUCAAUAUGCUAUCGAAGGACUUGACAUUUUUGCUCAUUCAUUUGUAUUAACAAAACAAGGACAAGUAGUAGCAACUAUAAGUAAAGCAUUUUUUUCUUUAGCUGAUACUUAUGGUGUUGAAAUAGCAGCAAAUGAAGAUCAAAUAUUUAUUUUAGCACUUGUUAUUGUUAUUGAUCAAAUUCUGUAUGAUAAAAAAGGAGAUCAUCAUUGA